GUUAGUGCCACAAAGUUUGUAAGAGAUUUUUCCUUACCAAGACGUGUCCAGUGCGUAAAAUUCCACAUUAGGAGAUGAGGCAAAUCAUUUGCCUUCGUGCAGUCAGUUCAUAUCUGACAUUCACGAUGAGAAGCCACACAUAUCUUGAUUCUCUGGGCGCGGCCAGUAUAAUGGCCCAAAUCCUUGAUGGAAAGAAGCUAGCUAAAGAAAUUAAAGAUGAAUUGAAAAUCGCAAUCCAUCAAUGGGUACAAGGAGGGCUUAGAGCACCAUCUCUUCGCUGCAUUAUUGUAGGAGAAGAUCCAGCCAGUCACACUUACGUAAAGAACAAAAUUCAGGCUGCAAUAGAUGUUGGAAUUGCUGCUGAGACAAUAAAAUAUAAUGCAAAUUUGACUGAAAAAGAACUUAUUGCUGCAAUUGAUGCUUUAAACAAAGAUAGUGAAGUUGAUGGAAUUCUGGUUCAAUUGCCACUGCCAAGUGUUAUGGAUGAGAGGAAAGUGUGCAAUGCCGUAGCUCCAGAGAAGGAUGUUGAUGGUUUCCACAUCAUCAAUGUUGGACAGCUGGCUCUUGAUAUGCCGACACUCGUGCCUGCGACUGCCCUUGCUGUUAUUGAGAUGCUGAAAAGAUUCAAAAUCGAAACUUUCGGACGUAACGCAGUCGUAGUCGGUCGGUCAAAGAACGUCGGAAUGCCAAUUGCCAUGAUGCUGCAUAGUGACAAAAGUCACAGCAGUGGUUUAGGAAUGGACGCAACUGUGACAAUUUGCCAUCGGUACACACCAAAAAAGGAACUAGACUCAUAUUGUCGCAAUGCUGAUAUUGUUAUUAGUGCUACAGGAGUGCCAAACCUGAUUCAAGCUAACAUGGUGAAACCUGGUGCUACAGUAAUUGAUGUAGGAAUUACCAGAAUUACUAAUGAACAGGGAAAGACUAAACUUGUAGGAGAUGUUGACUACGAUGAGGUAAGCAAAAUAGCAGGAGCCAUAACACCCGUGCCCGGUGGAGUGGGACCAAUGACCGUCGCAAUGCUUAUGCGAAACACUUUCCAAGCAGCUAAGAUGCUGCGUGACAAGGAGUCCCUUCUACAGUGAGUUCAUAAUAUCAGAAGUCGCUAUUACGAGUCGACACACUUUUCUGAAACAAAAUUUACUAUAGAUAAUGCAAGAAAAUACUCAUCAUUUACUUUACUUCGUUUUUUAAUUUGUUGUAUCUUCGCGAUCUGUGGUAUUUUUUGUUUUAGAAUAGUGAAUAAAAGUAAUUGUUCAUGAAUAUUUUGUUUGGAUUUAUACCAAUUUGCCACAACUGUCUUUCAAUCUCGAUGUUUUAAAAUUCAAUUUAACGUUUUGUUGUUUCAGUGCAUGAAUUUAAAAAUAUUGAAAGUAUUUUUCUACAAACAGUAUGUUGUUAAUUGAAAAAAUAAGGAAACACGAAACUUUUGUGCUUGUUAUAAAACAAGUAAAUUACCAGAAUAUUAUAUUUGGGUAAUAUAUCCAUAGUGCCUUAUAGAUAUAAGCAUUUAUGAAGAGUAUUAUAAAAUGUAAUGACUAUAUUUAUUACAUUUAAUUUUUUAGAUAUAAGUUCAUUGCUUUUAUUUAUUUUAUCUCGUCACUACGUUCCGAUUUUUUUUCUUCGGCUGUGAUGGUAGAUAUACCUACGUAACAUACCUGUAGGUGUUAAUUUAUUUCUUGAAGUUACUUGACUCUCUACUACCUAUUUAUUUAAUUAUGUGUUACUACUUAUUAGUCU